UUCACUUCACUUACGCUAGUAGCUUUACAAUGUCUCCUCCCUUUAACCUUUGCACCAAUACACCAUGGCUAUAUCAACAGCCCCAGCUCCAUCUCCUUCUCAAACCACCUCCCAUGGAGGAAGGCAAGAUGCAUCGUCUCCUCUCCAUCGCCAUUGUCGUGUUCGCCUUCUUCGCGACACAAUGUGGAGCAAGAGUGUUGACGGUGGACGAGCUGCUGGACCAGUACUCCGAGUCCGACACAUACUCACUGGCUCACCACGAGGACGCCUCGCCGCCGCCGGGCUCCCCCGGCUGCGGCCCGGUCGCGCCGCCUGUCAUCCCGGCGCCGGCAUUCGCCUAUCUGUCGCCUCCGCCGCCGUCAACACCGCUCUACUCGCCGCCUCCUCCGCCGAUGGAGUUCUACUCACCUCCGCCACCAGAGGUCGUGCCUAGCCCGCCCGAGAUCGCGCCGCUGCCGCCAAUCGUCUACCCGGGCCCCCCGGAGGUCGUGCCAAGCCCGCCGGAGAUCGUGCCUAGCCCGCCCGAGAUCGCGCCGCUGCCGCCAAUCGUCUACCCGGGCCCCCCGGAGGUCGUGCCAAGCCCGCCGGAGAUCGCGCCGAGUCCGCCAGAGAUCGCGCCGUUCCCGGGCCCGCCGGAGGUCGCGCCCAGCCCACCGGAGAUCGCGCCGCUCCCUGGCCCUCCGGAGGUCGCGCCCAGCCCGCCGGAGAUCGCGCCGCUACCGCCGAUCGUGUACCCGAGCCCGCCGGAGGUCAUACCGUCGCCACCGGAGGUCACGCCGUUUCCCGGGCCACCGGAGGUUGAGCCUAGCCCGCCGGAGGUCACGCCGAUCCCGGGGCCACCGGAGGUUGUGCCUAGCCCGCCGGAGGUCACGCCGAUGCCGGGGCCACCGUACGUCGCUCCCAGCCCACCGGAAGUCACGCCGUUCCCAGGGCCACCGAACGUCGCUCCCAGCCCACCGGAGGUCACGCCGUUCCCAGGGCCACCGUACGUCGCGCCCAGCCCACCGGAGGUCACGCCAUUUCCAGGGCCACCGGAAGGAACACCUAGUCCACCGGAAGUGACGCCAAGCCCGCCAGACUACGCCCCGUACCCGCCGCCGGAUUCCUCGACGGGGUCGCCCCAGACCCCGCCGGGCGGCAGCUUCCAGCCGCCGGUGGUGCUCCCGCCAUCGUCCGGGCCGCCGUCGCCGUCGUCGGGGCACGCCGAGUGGUGCGUGGCGAAGCCGUCGGUGCCGGGGCCGAUCGUGCAGCAGGCCAUGGACUACGCGUGCGCGUCCGGCGCCGACUGCGACUCCCUCAAGGCCGACGGCGCCUGCUUCAAGCCGGACACCAUGACGGCGCACGCCUCCUACGCCUUCAACAGCUACUGGCAACACGCCAAGUCCACCGGCGCCACCUGCGACUUCGGCGGCACCGCCAUGCUCAUCACCAAGGAUCCAAGCUAUGGUGACUGCCAUUACACUGUGAUGUGAAGAACAACCCCAAAGAGGAUGCAGCAUAGCCAUCAAUUGUUUUGGAAGCUGGACAGCAUUUUCCUCUCAAGUUCAGAGGUAGUACAGAUAUACAGAUCAGAUACAUGUUGUCCUGAAUGUGACCAAGGUUGUUUUUGUGUAGUAUUCUAACUUUUCAUUCCUUUUGACACUUAUUGUUUUGUAUUAUAUUCAGAAUAAUUUUACAUAAUUUUCCAUCUUAGUAAA